AUGGAAUCUCUGCUCCAACAGUCCCGGGCCAUGUGCCCCUUUCUGAAGCGCUCUUCCCCCACCACUCUGCGCUCCCUGUCCACGGCCACCCGCCCCAGCCUCAGCCCCGGCGGUGGCACGAUGUCCAAUCUUCAGGUCCUGGCCCGUCGCUGUCCUGUCAUGAGCAAGGCGCUAGCGGUGCAGAGUGCUCGUCUGGCAGCCUCCAAGCGAUUCACUUCUUCCGCCGCCGGCGUUGUCCCCAAGUACUACUCCCGACGCCCCUUGCAUUCGUCCAGCGGCAAGGGGGCCAAUCUGAGUGAAGUGUAUCCGGAUUCCCAGGGCGAUUCCCAGCGGGUCCCCAGUCUAUCCCCCGUCAACCGGCGUCCUACCCGGGAGGCCGCCGUCUCGGGCCGCCGUCCCGAGGCGCCAUCCACCACCACCCGGGCGUUCGACUAUCAGGCCUUCUACCGCACCGAGUUGGACAAAAAACACAAGGACAAGUCCUACCGCUACUUCAACAACAUCAACCGUCUGGCCCAGGAGUUCCCUGAGGCCCACACGGCCUCCCGCGAGGAGCGCGUGACCGUCUGGUGCUCCAACGACUAUCUCGGCAUGGGGCGCAACCGCGAGGUGCUGGACUCGAUGCAUCAGACCCUCGACACCUACGGCGCCGGCGCUGGCGGCACCCGCAACAUCUCCGGCCACAAUCAGCACGCCGUGAGCCUGGAGCGCACCCUGGCCAAACUGCACGACAAGGAGGCCGCCCUAGUCUUCAGCUCCUGUUUCGUGGCCAACGAUGCCACCCUGGCCACUCUGGGCAGUAAGUUGCCCGACUGCGUCAUCCUGUCCGACAGUCUCAACCAUGCCUCCAUGAUACAGGGCAUCCGCCACUCCGGCGCCAAGAAGAUGGUCUUCAAGCACAAUGACCUGGCCGAUCUGGAGACCAAGCUGGCCUCGCUGCCGCCCCAUGCCCCCAAGAUUAUCGCCUUCGAGUCCGUCUACAGCAUGUGUGGCUCCAUCGCCCCCAUCGAGCAGAUCUGCGACCUGGCCGACAAGUACGGCGCCAUCACCUUCCUGGACGAGGUCCAUGCCGUCGGCAUGUACGGUCCCCAUGGCGCCGGCGUGGCCGAGCAUCUAGACUACGAGGUCUACGCCUCGCAGGACACCCCCAACCCGCGUAGCACCAAGGGGUCUGUGAUGGACCGCAUCGACAUCAUCACCGGUACGCUGGGUAAAGCCUACGGGUGCGUCGGCGGCUACAUCGCCGGUUCGGCCGCCAUGGUGGACACCAUCCGCUCCCUUGCCCCCGGAUUCAUCUUCACCACUUCCCUGCCACCUGCCACCAUGGCUGGCGCCGACACCGCCAUCCAGUACCAGGCCCGCCACCAGCAGGACCGCGUGCUGCAACAGCUGCACACCCGCGCCGUCAAGGCCGCCUUCCAGGCGUGCGACAUCCCCGUCAUCCCUAACCCAUCGCAUAUCGUGCCCCUGCUGGUGGGAGACGCGGAGCUGGCUAAGCAGGCCUCCGACAAGCUGCUGGAGGAGCACGGCAUCUACGUGCAGGCCAUCAACUACCCCACCGUACCCCGCGGCGAGGAGCGAUUGCGCAUCACCCCGACCCCAGGUCACGUCAAGGCGCAUCGGGACCAUUUAAUCCAGGCGGUGCAGACCGUGUGGAACGACCUGUGUAUCAAACGCGCCAGUGACUGGGCCGCGCAGGGGGGAUUUGUCGGGGUCGGUGUCCAGGGCGCCGAAGCCGAGAACCAGCCAAUCUGGGAGGACGACCAGCUGGGUCUCCGCUCUGGGGAAUCCAUCGAGACCGCCGUGGAGCGCGAGUUCCGGGACAUGGCGGUGCCUCGCAUGCAGACAGCGACCCCCGUUCGCCCGGCGGUUACUGCUGCGACUGCUCCCACCGUCGGGGCGGCCGCCUAG